AUGCCACCUAACUUCAAAGUCGCCGCCACAUACAAGAAGAAAGAUGGCACCUUCAUCGUCGGCGAAGACAAGAAGAACGCCUUUUGGACGCCCAAGGGAGACGCAACUCCCACUGUAACGAUCCGCGCCACAGAGAUCACGAAUCUCCAGCAGACCCCCGAGACCGCAAAGGCUAUCGCGUUGAAGAUCAUUGUGGGAGAUGAGAGCUAUGUCUUCACUUUCGGGCAGAGACCGGAUCAGGAAAAGACCACGGAGAAGGUCAAAGAACUUAUUGCGUUGUAUAAGGUGAAGGAUGGACCGGCGACCGCAGCAGCGGGGACGCCGGCGGCGGGUACACCUGCUGAAGGGAGCGGUGGAGAGGGGCAGAGCGCUGCCAUGGCUAUUGCGAAGGCCGUAGCAUCGAAAGCGGCAGAUGAAGGGUGGUAUGAUGACAACCGACUCAAAGGGGAUACAAUGCUACAACGCACUCUGCUAGAGUCGAACCAGGCGCUCAAGGAGAGAUUCAACCAGGCUCUGAAGGAUAAGCCGGAGUCAGUCUCGAUUUCGCAAUUCACAAACCAAUUCUGGUCGGCACGGGUACACUUGUUGCGCGCGCAGGCAAUCGAGAAUGCACAGAAGCAGGGAGAGUACAAUGUCCUUCCGGAGAUUCGAUACGUACGCAAGGUUGCGGAGAAGCCGGGCGAAGAGGAUAUCCUUUUGUUGAAUAUCACGAAGGAGCAAGUCAGGCUGAUUUUCAAGCAAUAUCCGAUUGUGAAAUGGGCAUACGAUGAAAGCGCGGGCAGCAGGACGGGCCAGAUAUCACAGAACGACUUCUGGACAAGAUUCUUCAAAAGUAGAUUACUGAAGAAGCUGAAGGGUGAACGCAUUUCUCAGCAUGAUGAGAGAGAUCUGUUGCUGGACAAGUAUCUGGAUCGACCCGAAGAGGGCGCUGCUUAUCCUACUCCGCAUAUUCCUCACUGGAUGGAUUUGGAAGGAAACGAGCAGAAUCAUAGCCAGCGAAAGGGGAAUCGACCUGAUGAGGACAUGAGACCCUCCGGCCACGACAAGGCACCAAUACUACGGGUGCUCAACAACCUCUCAGAGAAGAUGAUGGCACACAUUGCGCCAGAGGAUAGUGAGGCACACGCACCAAUUGGGAUGGACGAAGAUACGUAUGAGCAACUACGACUGCGAGACUUGGCCAUGGAUGAUGUCGACAAUAGGGUAGUCUUGAAUGUCCGAGAACAACAGCGAUACGCGGGCGGCAGUCAAGAUGAUCUCUCAGCAGAGGCAAAGCUGUACGCUAAGCAAGACCCCAAGAAGGUCCUCUCACUACUACGGUCGAGUCUGCAACCGAACAACCUCGGUGCAGAUGAGCAAGGCACCUUACGACUAGAUCGAGCUAUCGGAUAUCAGACAGAUGAUGAUUCGGACGACGAAGACGAGGAAUCAACACAUCAAUCCAACGGCACGGCACCUAAAAAGAAAGCCAAGUUGGGCUCACACGCCGCGAUAUCUGUCGCUUCCAAAGACAUCAUGGAAUCCAUAAGACAGCGACGUCACGCCCAGUCCUCCGAUCCGACCGCUCUGCACGGUCUAAGCCAAGCGACCUUCGACACUCUCACAAUGACUCACAACACCACGACCGAGUUUCUGCACUACUUCUGGUCUCUCUUCCUCUCCGGCGACGCUUCGAAAUCAAACGAACUCGCACAAUUGGUCUCCACUCUGGAUCGCUCCCUGGACCGCAUCAACGCCGUGGCUGCGCAGGCUGAAGCAGAACGACAGAAACUCAUCGAAGCAGCCAAAAGGGAAGAUAAGCUACAUUUGGAAAGGACGAAGAAACGGAGAGGUACGAAUUAUGAGAUGGCGUUUGGGGGCGGGAGGAAAGUGGUCGAGGCGAUGGUGCGUCCCACUGUGCAGGCCUUGGAUAGGGCUACGACUGCCUAUCGAAAAGCUUUUGAAGAGCAAACAAAGGAGGCGAAUGCGGCUGGGGCUACGAUGGCUGCCGCGUGA